AUGACCACGGACUCGGUUACGGUGCGGUUCCAUCCGAGCUUAUACGAAAACGGCAAGGUCUGUCUGGCGCUGCUGGGCACAGACAUCACCAGACCUACCCGGACGCAAAAGCACAGCAUCUUAAACGUGAUGACUAAUAUCCGGUCGCUGCUGGCUGACGAGAAUCCCGUGCCCGAAGGGUCGGCUUUCGGCGUGCUUCCGUCCGAGGUGACGUGGCUUAACAGACGCAUCUGCUACAACACCGUCUUGCUACACGAGAUCAUCAAGGUCGCGGUGUGCGAUGCGGUCGAAGACUGCCUCAAGGGCACCACCCUUUGCCCUAUCCCCCUGAGGAACGACAUCUUGAAACACUUUCAGCAGCAUUGCGACCAGUACGAGAAAGUGGCCCGGGAUCAGCUGCCCCUGGCAGGUUCCUUCAUGAACGACGCGUUCGACGGUGGCAUCGCCAUAUAUAAGUACGAGAAUCUGCUAGCGCGUCUGCGGAACCUGCGCGAGAGAGUCGGUCCAGCGAGUGAAUGA